UACCAAACCAUAGACACUAAUACGUUCCUUUCCGGUUUUCAGUUUCAUUCCAUCAUUGAUCGUUCUUUUCCAAUGCAAGUAGUAAGCGACGAAGCCAUCAUGACGACGAGGGUGCAAUCCCUCGCCCAAUCGGGUCUCUCCCGGGUCCCACCCCAAUACAUCCAACCUCCUCAAACCCGACCCAUCCGUCACGCCCCACCCGAAUCCGACUCCGACUCCGAAUCCAUUCCGGUCAUCGACCUCUGCUCCUUCGACCCCACCCAACGCGCCUCCACCCGCGACUCCAUCGCACGCGCCUGCCGCCACUGGGGCGCCUUCCACGUCACCAACCACGGCGUCCCCCCUUCCCUCCUCGCCUCCCUCCGCCGCGCCGGCCUGUCCUUCUUCUCCGACACCCCCAUGCCGGACAAGCUCCGCUACUCCUGCUCCGCCGCCGCCGCCUCCGAGGGCUACGGCAGCAAAAUGCUCGCAACAACAACAACAACAACAACCUCCGAUCAAAACGGCGCCGUUCAGGUCCUCGAUUGGAGGGAUUACUUCGACCACCACACGCUCCCCCUCUCUCGCCGGAACCCUACCCGGUGGCCGGAGUCUCCCUCCGAUUACCGUGAGCUGGUGGCGAGGUACAGCGACGAGAUGAAUGUUCUGGCGCAAAAGUUGCUGGCUUUGAUUUCGGAGAGUCUUGGGUUGCGAGCUUCGUGCAUUGAAGAUGCUGUUGGGGAGUUUUAUCAGAACAUUACGAUUAGUUAUUACCCUCCGUGCCCCGAACCGGAUCUUACUCUCGGGUUGCAAUCGCAUUCUGAUAUGGGAGCAAUCACGCUUCUGAUUCAGGAUGAUGUGGGGGGUCUUCAGGUUCUCAAGGGUAGUGACAAGUGGGUCACUGUUCAGCCUUUGUCAGAUGCUGUUCUUGUUCUAUUGGCUGACCAAACUGAGAUUAUAACCAAUGGAAAGUACAGGAGCUGUGAGCAUAGGGCAAUUACUAAUCCUGAUAGAGCAAGGCUCUCUGUGGCAACAUUUCAUGACCCUGCUAAGACAGCCAAGAUCUCCCCUGCUUCUGAACUGAUAAACGACUCAUCGCCGGCUAAAUACCGUGAUGUUGUUUAUGGAGACUAUGUUUCAUCAUGGUAUACCAAAGGCCCUGGAGGAAAACGAAAUAUUGAUGCACUUGUACUGGAUUCUUAGGUUAAUGCUUUCUUCUCUCCAUGUCUUCAUGUCUUGUAUCUUGUGGGUGAAAGGAAGUAAAAUUACCGUCUUCUGCCAAAAAGUUCUGAUACCAACUUUCAUAUGAAUCUCGGAAUCCAACUCAAACUGAGAAUGGCACCAAUUUGUCAAUUUGAACAAUAAGUUAUUCAAAGUAUAAUAGAAAUUGAUAUUUGAUUGUAAUUUCUCUCUCCUUUUUUGUUCAAGCUUUCAAGAGGGUCCAUAUACUUAACAGCAUGUUUAAGUCUAAUGUAGUAGAGUUUCUAUAGUUAUUGAACAUUGAUAAUUUCAAAGACCAAAAAUAAAAAGCAAUCAACGUAGGCUGA